GUUUAGAGAGGCAACAAAAGUUUGGUUUUGCAAUGAGAGGGUACUAUACAUUCUUUGAGAGAGCUCUUCGAGCUUGUAAUGAUCACUCUACAGUGUCUAAGCUUCUUGUCAUCUCCUCUGUCAGCGGUGGAGGUCUACUGGCAUUUUCUGAUGCCAACGCAUUCCAAAGUUAUGCUGAAGGAGAUGGCAAGAAAAAGAAGGUGGUGGUACUUGGAACUGGCUGGGCUGGCGUCAGUUUCUUGAAAAACUUGAAGAGUUCUUCAUAUGAUGUUCAUAUAGUUUCACCGCGUAACUAUUUUGCGUUUACUCCAUUGUUACCAAGUGUUACAAAUGGAACAGUCGAAGGACGCAGCAUUGUUGAACCAAUUCGCAAUAUUGCAAGGAAGAAACCAUUUGGAGUUGGAUUCAAGGAGGCUGAAUGUUAUAAGAUUGAUCCAGUACAGAAGAAAAUUUAUUGCAGAAGUACUGAUCAAGGCAAAACUUUAGGAGCGAAUGAAGAAUUCACAAUGGAUUAUGAUGUCUUGAUUGUGGCCAUGGGAGCUAAAUCAAAUACUUUCAACACCCCUGGUGUUGAGGAACAUGCUCACUUCUUGAAGGAAAUUGAAGAUGCUCAGAACAUCCGUAGGUCAAUAAUUGAUUGUUAUGAACGUGCAAGCCUUCCGAGUAUAAGCGAAGAAGAGAGGAAGCGCAUUAUGCAUUUUGUAGUUGUCGGUGGUGGCCCAUCUGGUGUGGAAUAUGCUGCAGAGCUUCAUGACUUUGCACAUGAUGAUUUAGCUAAACUAUAUCCUUCAAUCAAAGAUUACCUGAGAAUUACACUUCUUGAGGCAGGCGAUCACAUUUUGAACAUGUUUGACAGUAGAAUUACUAAAUUUGCUACUGAGAAGUUCGAAAGAGAUGGAAUUGAUGUAAAGACAGGUUCAAUGGUCAUAAAAGUUUCUGACAAGCAUAUCUCUACUAAAGAGAUAAAAACUGGCCAGACUGUUUCAAUACCUUAUGGAAUGGUUCUCUGGUCAACCGGCAUUGCAACUCGUCCUGUCAUUAUGGAUUUUAUGAAGCAAAUUGGUCAGGGUAACAGGCGUGUUUUAGCUACUGAUGAGUGGCUGAGGGUUGAAGGGUGUGAUGGUGUGUAUGCUCUUGGUGACUGUGCCACGAUAAAUCAACGGAAAGUCAUGGAAGAUAUAGCAGUAAUAUUCAGCAAGGCAGAAAAGAAUAACUCUGGUACCUUAGAUCUCAAAGAUUUUAAAGAUGUUGUUGACCACAUCAGCGAAAGGUAUCCUCAAGUGCAGAUUUAUAUAGAAAAGAAAAAAUUGAAAACCUUUGAUGCUUUACUAAAAAGUGCUCAAGGGAAUGACAACAAACUGAUAGAUAUUGAAACAUUCAAGAAUGCUCUACAUGAAGUAGAUUCUCAAAUGAAAAAUCUUCCUGCAACAGCUCAAGUUGCAGCACAGCAAGGUGAAUACCUUGCAAGCUGUUUUAAUCGUAUGGAGCAAUGUGAAAAGUAUCCUGAAGGUCCUAUGAGAUUUAGGGGAACAGGCUGCCAUCGGUUUCGUCCAUUUAGGUACAAAAUAGACGUUCUUCCUUCCUCUAUUUUCCAUGAAAUAUACAGGGCAAUUUAA